AUGAACCAAAAACCCUUCAAAGUCGUCAUUGUGGGUGGUAGCAUUGCCGGGCUUUCGCUGGCCCUAAUGCUAGAGAGGAAUGGCAUCGAUUUUGUCAUCCUUGAAGCGUACGGCAGCAUUGCACCCCAGGUCGGGGCCAGUUUUGGAGUUUUGCCAAACGGCUUUCGCAUUCUCGAUCAGCUGGGUUGUUACGAGUCGGUUAUGAAGAUGGCAGAAUACCCUGUCGACACACUCCGCUUCCGUGAUUCGCAGGGACAGCAAUUCUGGACAUUCAAUAACCUUGACGAGGUUUCAAUCGGAAGUCAUGGUUAUCCGAUCGUCUUCCUCGAUCGACGAAUGUUGAUAGAAAUCCUCUACAAAAAGAUCCAAGAUAAAUCCAAAGUGCUCACCUCUCAGCGGGUUCAAAGUAUUGAGAAUGGUACUUCGAGUGUCACGGUGACCACAACGACUGGUCAGACCUACACCGGGAAUAUCGUGGUCGGAGCAGACGGAAUCCAUUCCAAAGUGCGCCAAGAAAUGUGGAAAGCGGCCGAAAAGAUAGAUCCCACAUGGUUUGAUCCCACAGAGGAAUCUAAUCUGCCUGCAACUUACGCAUGCAUCUUCGGCAUUUCCAAAGGAGUGAAGGGAAUCGAGAAAGGCACGCUGAACUCGGUGUUCAAUGAGCAUUUCUCGUAUCUUGUUCCCAGCGGACCCGGAGAUCUCACCUACUGGUUUCUCGUGCGGAACAUGGGCAAAACGUACUAUGGCGCAGAUAUCCCUCGAUUCACCAAGGAAGAGGAGGAGGCAGUCGCAACGGAACAUUUCGACGACCAGAUUACUCCCACGCUGCAAUUUUCCGCUCUGUAUAAGAGCAAAAUCGCCUCGGCAUACAGCAGUCUGCCAGAAUAA